AUGCUGGUAGCAGCUUUACAAUGUAAAGUCGAUAUUGGCCCGCGGGACUCCUGGACAAGGCUCGAAAAAUUUGAUGUCCCGAGGCAGAAAGGAGGAAUUGAUUGCGGCGUCUAUUCCCUUCUCUACGCCAGAUUUGGGAUGGCCAAUAAACCAUUAAAUUUUUCGCAACAGGAAAUUUCUUCGUAUAGAAGAUUAUUUUGUCAAAAAUUAACCGCUGCUAUUGAUUUUCAAAGGUAG